CGCUGGCGUUGUAGAAGGUAUCGCAAGUAUUGUCCGUAAUGUCUAUGACUAUGAAGAUUGGCGAGAAUGGUGAGGUUAAAAAGAGAGAGAAAGGGAGGUGGGAGGUUAUCAAUUGUUAGCCGGGGUCAAAUUUUAAUCGGAUCGGUUUGGAUCGGAUUUCGGAUUUAGUGGAAAAAGAAUCGCGCGGCAUCGGCCAAGUUUCGAAUUCGAUAACGGGCGCUGGCGGUUUGUUAUUUUUUUGGAUUGUUAGUUAAAGUGUAUUAUUGUUCAUUGUUUAGUUCAUAGUGCAGCGAUUGGUGCUCGUUUUGGUUAAUUCGAUUUGAAAUUAUCGGAGAUGAUGAUGUCGGAAUAUUACACACUCCCGUUGGCUGUGAUAGGUUUGAUAGUGAUCAUCCUGUUUCUUCUGGAUUCCAUCUGGAAUAUUCUUCAAACAUGCAGGGCGCUGUUAUCUCCCUUAUUUUUGCCGGCUGAAGAAACUUCCUUGCUGAAGAAAUACGGACCAUGGGCAUUAAUUACGGGAUCUACGGAUGGUAUAGGCAAAGCAUACGCCUGUGAAUUGGCCAAAAGAGGCAUAAAUGUAGUACUUGUUAGCAGAAAUGAGGAAAGGUUGAAGAAAACUGCCGAAGAAAUUGAAACAAAAUACAUGGUUAAAACCAAAACAAUCGCCGCAGACUUCUCGCUGGGACAAAAAGCCGUGGACACAGUGAAGGAAAAACUGGGCGUCCUGCCCAUAAAUAUUUUAGUCAACAACGUCGGCAAGCAAUACGAGUACCCCAUGUACCUGUCGGAAGUGCCGGAGCAGGACCUGCUCGACAUCAUCAGCAUCAACGUCGGAGCGGUGACGAUGAUGUGUCGCGCCUUCAUCGAGGACAUGAAGAAACGAGGAAGCGGCGCCAUCGUGAACGUGUCUUCGGGGUCCGAGCUGCAACCGCUACCUCUCAUGACCGUUUACGCCGCCACCAAGGCGUACAUUAAAAGUUUUACGGCGGCAUUGAGGUUUGAAUACAGCCGUUACGGCAUCACCAUUCAACAUCUAGCACCGUUUUUCGUCGAUACGAAGAUGAAUGCGUUCAGCAAGAAGCUGCAGAGGAACGGUUUCCUGAUACCCGAUGCCGAAGAGUACGCCAAAUACGCCGUGAUGACGUUGGGGAAAAUGGACGAAUCGUCCGGGUAUUGGACGCAUGGAAUUCAGACUUUCUUCACGAAAUUCUCGCCGGUUUGGUUGAGAACGUACGUUGGAGCGCACAUAAAUUUAAAUCUGAGGAAGGACUAUUUGCUGAAUAGGAAUAAACAAUAG